AUGACUGUUGUUAUCUACGGUUCCUUUUCAUUGUUUCUCAACAUUGACUAUGAAGUUCGUCUUUCAUACUCCCUCGUGGUUUUCAGUUUGAUAUUCCACCCAUAUCUUAUGGUGUUUGGACCUAAAAAGCUUUCCGUCGCCUAUGGCCUUACAUGGCUUAGCAAUUUAUGGUCGCUCAAGUACAGGUAUCCGUCGGCGGUUUACUCGCUACGUACGUGCCCUUUCAACAAUCGUCAAUCGAAAACGAAUGGAUUCUUCGGUUGUGCUGCUAGGUAUCUGUGGGCGAGGGGACAGAGAUAG